AUGGCUACUGCUAUUGCAAAACAAUCUGCCACUACUAUUCAACAAGCGGAAACUUCUGCCCAACAAGCUGCAAUCCGAGCUCAACGUGAGGCGCUAAGGGAUCAGAGAGAAGAAGUUGUUGCUGCUGCGAGAGAACUGACAGAUUUUAAUCGUCAAAACCCACCAAAAUUCAAAGGGGAACAUGACUCAGACAAGGCUGAUCUUUGGAUACAAGAAAUUGAGAAAAUUUUCGAAAUGUUGCAUUGCACAGAUGCUAAGAAGGUGGAAUAUGCAACCUUUUUGCUUAGGGCAGAGGCUGAGUCCUGGUGGCGGGGUGCGAAGCAGCUAAUAGAGAGUAACAAUGAAGCACUGAAUUGGGCAACAUUUAAACAGAAAUUUUUGGACAAGUAUUUCCCAUCAAGUGCUAGAUCUGAGAAAGAAGCUCAAUUCCUUAGACUGUACCAAGGUAAUAUGACUAUCUCUGAGUAUGCUGACAAAUUUGACUCACUAGCCAAAUAUUUCCGCUAUUUUCGUGACCAUGUGGAUGAGAACUAUACGUGUGAGAGGUUUGAGCAAGGACUCAGAUAUGAGAUUAAGGAAUCUGUGGAGCCCUUGGAGAUCUGUCAGUUCCAAGUGCUAGUGGAGAAAUGUAAGAAGGUGGAAUGGAUGAAGCAAGGACGUCCGAAUAAAUGGGUUGCUGGAGGACCGUCUAGACACCAGGGACAUCAAGACCGCAAUAAUAAGGGCAAACAACAACAACCAUACAUCCGACCUCAACGGGGUGGAAGAGGCCAACCUCAAACACAGUUCAAGGGAGGUCAGAAGCCACAAAAUUCAAGUAUUAUUCGCUGCUACAACUGCAAUAAGGAGGGACAUGUGAGUACUCAGUGCCCAGAAAGAGCGAGAGUCUGUUAUCUUUGCCAGCGACCGGGACAUUUUGCUAGGGAUUGCCGAGCACCAAGGAGAGAUCAUGGUCCAUCUACCAACAACAACAAUGAUGUUAUCCGGCCUACUACUAAGGGACGUGCCUAUCACAUUGGGGGAGAGGAAGCUUCGAAUGCCUCAGGAUUAAUUCAGGGUGAGUGUGAAAUUGCAGACAAACUAUUCCCAAUAUUAUUUGAUUCUAGUGCUACUCAUUCUUUCAUCUCUGUGGAGUGUGCAAAUUAUGUACAACUACUUGUUACUUCACUGCCUUUUGAUUUGGUGGUCACAAUACCAUCUUCUGAACCUGUAAUACUUAAUGAAGCUUGCUUACAAUGCCCCUUAACUAUCUUGGGCAUGAAAUUCAAAGUCGACUUGAUUUGUAUUCCCCUAAAACAUCUGGGAGUGAUCCUUGGGAUGGACUGGUUAUCUAGUCAUCAUGUUCUUUUGGAUUAUGCUCGAAAGUCUGUAAUCUUUCCAGACCCCAAUGUUUCUCAAUUUCUAAAUAGAAACCGAAUGAAAAUAUCUUUGAAGGGAGGCAUCCAGAAGUAUGUGUUCUUAAAUUCUGUCAGCAUGAAGCCAGAAGUAACGAUUAAUGAGAUACGAGUGGUAAGAGAGUUUCCAGAAGUAUUUCCAUUAGACGUGUCGGGGUUACCUCCAGUACGUGAGGUUGAAUUUGCUAUCGAUGUGAUCUCAGGAACUGCACCUAUUCAUAUUGCUCCCUACAGAAUGGCUCCAUCUGAGAUGUUAGAACUAAAAAGACAACUUGAAGACCUGCUAUCAAAGAAUUUUAUCCGACCAAGUGUCUCACCAUGGGGAGCUCCUGUAUUAUUGGUGAGAAGAAGGAUGGGAAGUCGAGAUUGUGUGUUGACUAUCGACAACUUAAUAAAGUCACUAUCAAGAAUAGAUACCCUUUACCACGCAUUGAUGACUUGA